GUCUUUAUUUAUGUAAUGUAAUGGUGUUACACAGUAACCCAGCUUUGUGGCUGUAGAUACGUCGUAACAGGGGUUAAAAGCGGACACUGAUAACUAAAAAGAAAGAAUAUUAAUGAAAAAAUAUUAGUCGUGGUUCAUGGAGUUCCGAGCGGCGAGGAAAGCGGCGCAUUGAGGCUUGAAAGGGGUAGACGGUAUGUGCCCCAAACCAAAGACUAAGUUAGGGCUGAGAAUGAAUAGUGUCAAUGGAUACAUUUUUAUCUACAAAGGGAAUUUGUAAAGUAAUUAUAUAAUAGCUUAAAUUAGCAGUAACAUUAGCCUAGCUAGACAGAAACCGGCCGGGUUUGAGUAGAUUAUCAAAGAAGGGACACAUUUACUGUAUCGCUAGUUGUCACCGUGUGUUCUUUCAAUGGUCCAUGCAUUACUAUUACACAGACAAGGCUUUCCGUCCGCGUUGCUUUGAAGAAAAAAGCAACACAUUUUCCAGUUGGACGUUUUUCCGGUGACAUAAGCCAUCCACCAUGGAUCUGCUGGAGUGUCCGCUCUGCCUCUUCCUGAUGUGCGAGCCGGUGACCAUGUCGUGCGGCCACACGUUCUGCCGGAGAUGCGUGGGGGGCUAUCUUCCGUCCAAAUGCCCGUCGUGCAAAGAGAGGUUAAAACAAAGAGAGGUGAAAAUCAUGAAGAACAACGUUUUGCUUAUCAGCGUCGUUGAAAAGUGCUGCCCCGACGAGACAAAGACGAAGUGCCAAAUACAAGAGAAGCUCAAAGCCAACGAGUUGAUGGAAGCUUUACGCAUUGCGAAUGAGGCGCUACAUUUAGUCCCAGAUGAUCAGAGUUUGAAGGUGUACAGAGCUGAAGCUAACUGGGGCCUGAUGCGUUUCUCUGAUGCUCUGACAGACCUCGACUACCUCUGCUGCCUUCGUCCUAGCUGGACUGAGGGCUUCUUUCGUAAAGGGACUGUACUGCUGGAAUUGGGUCAGCAGACAGACGCCCUCAUCCAGUUCUACCGUUGCCUAAAACUUCAUGCUGACUUUGUCCCUGCAAAGAGCCAGAUCAAGAAGAUUCUGGAGGCAGAGGGCAUGGCAGUGCCGGACGAGGCGUCCUGUAUCUUGCAACUGGUGUCCGAGUACCUGAAAGGUCCCUGCCCCAUUACCAGCGUCAGUGACUCCCAAGGGCCAAGUCACCCUGAGGGGUUCAAACAUCUAUGUGGGGAUGAGGGGAAAGGGAGGAGAGAGGUACACCAGGUAAGCUGGGGCUCGAAGGUGAAGCAUGAUACGGGUACUGAGUGCUGCCUCAGCCUCUGCCAAGCUGUUUCCUUCCUCCCUGCUGCUGAAGAGGACGAAGAGAUGAUGAUGAGGAAGGAAGAUGGGCAUGGCAAGGGUGAAAAUGGUCACAGCAGGGAGAAACGUCUGAGUGUUCUCACUGUGUCAGACUUUGAGUGCCCUCUCUGCAUUAGGUUGUUUUUUGAGCCAGUCACUACUCCCUGUGGUCACACCUUCUGUAGAAACUGCAUAGAGAGGAGUCUGGACCACAACCUCCGCUGUCCACUCUGCAAACAGCCCCUACAAGAGUUCUUUAAAAACAGGAAGUACAACCCCACAGUUCUGCUUCAGGACAUCAUGGCCCGCCUUUUCCCCUCACAGUUGGCUGAGAGGAAACAGGUCCAUGAUGCUGAGAUGGCUGAACUGUCCAAUCUAACUAAGGACAUCCCUAUAUUCGUUUGCACGGUGGCCUACCCUGGACUGCCCUGCCCCCUGCACAUCUUCGAGCCUCGAUAUCGGCUGAUGAUGCGUCGCUGCAUGGAGACUGGCACCAAGAAGUUUGGCAUGUGCAGCUAUGAGCAUGGCAAAGGGUUUGCAGACUAUGGCUGCAUGUUGGAGAUCCACAGUCUGGAGCUGCUGCCCGAUGGGCGGUCCUUUGUGGAUGCAGUGGGCGGCAGCAGAUACAAGGUGCUUAAGAGAGGUCAGAGAGAUGGCUACCACACCGCUGAUAUAGAGUACCUGGAGGACCUCAAGGUUGAUGGUAGUGAGUUGGAGCUUUUGGAGAGUCUCCAUGAUAGUGUGUACCAGCAGGCUCAGGACUGGUACCAGCGCCUUGGCAGCCGCAUUCGUGAGCAGAUCAACAGACAGUACGGCAUCAUGCCAGAUAAGGAGGAAAAUAUUCAGGCCUCGUCCAACGGUCCGGCCUGGUGCUGGUGGCUGCUGUCGGUCCUCCAGUUGGACCCUGCCUAUCAAACCACUGUCCUGUCCCUGACCUCGCUCAAAGACCGCUUGGGACACCUCCGCCUCGUCUUAGAGUACUUCUCUCAGAGCUAGACCCCACAGCUCCGUGGAUAUUGCGACCACAACUAGCUGAUGAAAACCAAUCCGUGCAUCCAUGCCACAGAGUUUGGGCUUGGGUGUACUCUGAAACUUGAGUUUGCAUGUGUUAUCUUUCUUGCACCAUUUUGUUCCCCAGGAAUUCAAGGGUUCAGACUAGUUUCUGAAAAAACGUGCUUGCUGCAGCAGUAAGAACUACAGGGCUGACCAAAGAUGCGUCUUAUUUAGAUCCAUCAAAAGUAGUAAUAUAUUAUUUGUUGAUCAGCUAAAUCAGUUCAAAGUUUCUGUUCAUAAAAAUGAAGAACAUGCAGCAUCAGCCAAGUUAAUACAGUAUACUGUACUGUCAUGUGUUGCCUAUUCAAAUCAGAUUCUUUGCAUUAACAUAGCUAAGUUUGGAGUAGGGAUAAACAAUAAUAGCACACAAUUUCUUUUUAGAUUUGUAGACAAUUGUUCAGGACUAUACACAUCAGAGGAUUAAAGUUAUUUAGAUAUUGCUGAAGGGCACUACUUGUGAUGCUUAUAUUUUAGAUGCAACUAUUGGCCUUGGCAGCCAUCGACUAUGGCUCAUUUUAUACCUUAAAAGACCCCUAUUUAGUAUUAAAUAUUGCAAUAAUAAUAUAAAGUUUCACAUGGAAUGGCAGCAACUGAAGGAUCUUUUGAAUGAAAGCUGCUGCUGUGACUGCUGGAUGUCUCUCUGGAUGCAGUUUGUCAUCAUCUGGCAGGGAAAGUAUUCUGUGAAAUCAUAACAAUGAGUAGAUGGGGGUCAGUGAAUGGGAGGCAUAGCAGCUUUGUUUUACAGUAUAUGAAGCUGUGUGACUAUGUAUGGUGAUAUGGUGAUGGAUGCAGCACUGUCAGCUGUAAAUAAGAAGUCAUUUUUUCUCAGUCACCAUCUUCAUUGGCUGAGUAUUUUGUUUUAAAUGUCAUAUGCGUGGUGUCACCCCUGAUAACAGCUACUGUCCCAUCCAGUUCCCUGACGUGGGGUUAUAAAUGAAGCAUUCGUCCAGGACACAGUGUUUAACAUCUCUUGUGCAGAGAAAAAUAAUUUAGCUAGGGUCUGACUAGGGUUGAGUGCCCCUGCGGUGCCUCUGUGUAGGCCACAUCACCUCCGUCUGGCCCCUGGUGCGUCUCCCUGUCUGUCUGGCCCCUCUACCACCAGUCAUGGUGCCUUUGAGUGCCUGGGCCAACUCAGGAGACCUGCAAGUCUUAAGAGUUUCUACACCACAUAUAUAAUGGACUGUGAGUCAUUUUUUCCCAUUGAUUUUUAUUGAUACAGGGCAUUCCAUGGGAUGUUAAAGCUGCAAUGUUACUCAUAGUUAAUUAAUUAACAAAUACUUUGAUAAAUGUGCCAUAGAUAUUUCUUUGUUAUGUGUUUUGUAGGAAUAGUUUGCCAAUGGUCACUGUGUUUAUGUUUGCCUACAUAAUGGACUCUGAGGUCUUCAGCCAUCCUGCCUUUUGUAUGGUGGACAUUGAACUACCAUCUUUUCAUGGCCAACAUAUCACUUUGAACAGUCAGAAUUAGUCCAGCAAACACAAUCAUAGAUUCAGCAGCCCUGUUAGUGUGAUAUUGUCAGUAUAGCUUAGGAUAAAAGGGGUAAUUGUGAGACUUGAAAUGCAUACCAAUGUCCCACUAAAGGGCGAACCAUUGGAUACACUGAUGGAUACUGGGGCAGCAUUGGUUACCUUAUAAACAGGCUAACCACUGAACUCUGACAUGGGCAAUAACACUUUACUUUAGGCACAAAAACAAAGUUUGCACCAUCUUUUAAAAUGGGUUAAUCAACCUCAGUAAAUAUGCUGACGUUUUUUAAACCAUCUGGGAUUGAAAUUGGAGUCAAAAGAGACUUUAUUGUGCCAGUUAUCACAUCCUUUCUCCAAAGCUGUUGAAUUCACUGAAGGAUUACAUGUAUCAUAGAGGUCAGUUUCUUGCUGCAUCCAGAUAUGAUCAAAGCUCACUCACAAAUAUAAAGGGAUUGAGAUUCUUGUAGAAUGUUUUGAAUGAGCAGCCUCAUAGGCCUUGUGGUAAACACAUGACUAAUGAGGUGACUUCCACUCCACUGUUCGACAUCUUAUCAGAGAAGAAAAUAUUUUGAAACAGUGAAAUCAUUUUGUGUGUUUUGCUUUCUGAUGCUCAGCUGCAGCUUGUUGUUCAUUUUCCUCUCUUUUUCAAAUAAUGCAUAUUUCUGUGUCUCCUUUAUUACUUAUAGAUGCCUCUCAUUGCAUAAAAUAGUGAUGUUGAGGUUAAUCACAGCAAUUGGUCUCAUAUUGGUUUACAGAACGUAAUCUCUGUACCAGUGUGCUAUUUUACUUUAUGAUAAAAUGCUAAAUAUAUUGGAAAUAUGAAUGAUUUUACCCUCAUGUUUUUGAUCUAACUAUUGGCCAAUUUCAUGUUUAAUUUGCCUAUAAUCUGUCAAUAGGGUCAACUAUUUAUUGCAGCACAGUCAUGACUUUUCAUCUCAGUUAGACUGCAGCUCUGGCAGAUGUCCAUUAGCCAUAGUUGCAGUAUAAUUGGGGAAAAUGUCCUCCAACGCCCCCGUGAGAACGAGUCUUACACCUGUGUACUUGGGGAAAGGCUGUGAAAAGCGUCAUGUCAUUCUCGCUAUGUGCUGCAGCUCGCAAAUGUUGGCUGAUGUGGUUUGAUGGUCAGUGCUCUGUGGGCAGUAUGAACGAGAGACGUGCAUUGUUAGUCUCUAAACUCUGUACUCAAAUAUGUCAAUGUUAUCACAAGUUCAUUUAAACCCACUGAAACUAAAGCAAUUUCUGUUUGAUUCAUUUGCAUUCAUCCCUCCACCUCCAAGCCAAGAGCAGUAAAUGAUCUCAGUCUUUUCUGUUUUCGCUUGCCCCCUGGAUGACUUUUUAAAUGUUAUUAUAAAUAAAGCUUUUCAAAGCAAA